AUGCUGCUCAAAUUGAAAGCCAAGUGGCGACAUUUACACUGGCGUGCCAUGGACAUCCCUCUGCCUCUUAGUAAAUUAGCUCUGCAUUUGGUUAAUCAAGACGACAAGGACAAGAAAUACGUAGUUCUAGUAGCAACUGGAAGUUUCAAUCCUCCUACUUAUAUGCAUUUACGAAUGUUGGAGCUGGCAAGAGAUGCACUGAGUUCAGAAGGCUUUUGUGUCAUUGGAGGUUAUAUGUCACCUGUUAAUGAUGCGUACUAUAAGAGGGGCCUUAUAUCUGCUGAACAUCGUGUACAGUUGUGCCGUCUAGCCUGCCAGAGUUCAGAAUUUGUAAUGGUUGAUCCUUGGGAGGCAAGACAGAGUAGCUUCCAGCGCACUUUAACUAUUCUGUCUAGAGUCAAGGGUUCCUUGUCUGAGGCUGGGCUGAUACCCAGUGAAUCCCUUAAGUGCAUGCUUGUGUGUGGCUCUGAUCUACUCCACUCUUUUGGCAUUCCUGGAAUCUGGAUUGCUGAGCAGGUCAGAGGCAUAUGCAGAGAUUAUGGGGUGGUUUGCAUUCGCAGGGAAGGACAAGAUGUUGAUAAAAUUAUCUCAAAUGAUGAAAUUUUGAAAGAGAACAGGGGUAACAUAAGAAUCGUGGAUGAACUUGUACCGAACCAAAUAAGUUCAACGAGAAUAAGGGAUUGCAUUUCAAGAGGAUUGUCAGUAAAAUAUCUGACUGCAGAUGAAGUAAUUGAUUACAUUAGAGAACAUCAGCUAUACAGAUCUUCUCUAACAUGUGCUAAGGCUGUAGAUGACCUUUUCUUUGCUAAGGUUGCCGAGCCAUCAGCGGUAAUUGAAGGGCUUAAAAAGGUAGAAUUCAACGACGUGGUGUUGAAUGUUGAAGAUGUGAUAACACAAUUUGGAUGUGCAUGGCUCAUGAGCAUGUGA